AAGACCAUGGCAACUGGCAAUGAAUUACUGUCUCCUCUCACUCUACAUUAUCCAAGGCGAGGAACAAAGGCAUGUAGCCAAAAAGGGGUAGAGAGAUAGAUAUAAUAAAAAGAUAGCACACUGUUACGAAGCAGUGGAAGAGAAUGGCGCUGCUGUGUGGCUCAUCUUCGGUGACGUGUUCUCCAUCUUCGUUCCUUUCUCACAAGAAUGUCAAAACUGCAACAAAAUCUUCCUUUGUUGGCUUCCAAUUGCCUCUACCUAAGCUUUCGUUAUCUUCUUCUAUUAAGACCCUUUUACCUGCAACCGCAACUCCUGUUGUCCGAUGUCAACAGGAGUCUUCUUCUCCUGUCGUAGAAGAUCCUCGCUUCAUUUGCGUUGAACCUGAACCCCGUUUCAAAGGACCGGAUAUUUGGAACAAGACCUGGUAUCCAAAAGCUGCAGAUCAUGUGAAUACAGAGAAAACAUGGUAUGUUGUUGAUGCAACAGACAAAGUUCUUGGAAGACUAGCUUCUACAAUUGCUAUUCACAUCCGAGGGAAAAACUUAGCGACGUACACACCUAGUGUGGACAUGGGUGCAUUUGUAAUUGUGGUAAAUGCAGAGAAGGUUGCUGUAUCUGGGAAAAAGAGGACCCAAAAGCUUUACAGGAGGCACUCUGGACGACCUGGUGGCAUGAAGGUGGAGACAUUUUCCCAGCUGCAAAACAGAAUUCCUGAAAGAAUUAUUGAACAUGCUGUUCGUGGCAUGCUUCCAAAAGGGAGGCUUGGCAGGAGACUAUUCACUCACCUGAAGGUUUAUAAGGGCCAAGAUCAUCCACAUGCAGCACAGAAACCCGUUGAGUUGCCAAUAAGGGAUAAGAGAAUACAUUUGCAGAAAUAGGUCAUAGGUGUAGCAGAGAAUGUGGAAUGAAAUAUGACAAUCAUAGAUUGUUGCAAAUCCAUUUCACAGAACAUUGAGUUUCUUGCUUUGGCUGCUCCUUUGCUGAUGUCUUCCAUUAAAUGUUUAUAUUGUCUGUAGUUGUAACUGAUAUUGUAUUACUUGUUUUUGUUCAAGGUCCUUCGUCAAAUCUUCAUAAUAAUUUUGUUGUAGAUUUGAAUCUUAGACGUGUAAUUUUUUUUUAAUAUGCUUGAGUUCAUUGACAACA